AUGCAGGAGGCCGAGGUUCCCACCCUGGGUCCCCUUGACACCCUGGCCAAGCGAGGUGGACCAGAUGACCUGAGGCUGGCGUACAGACACAGUCCCUGCGACGGAGUGGUGCUAGUCCUACACAAUGGGCAGUGGGGACACGUGUGCAACCAGGAGUGGACGUUGGCAGAGGCAUCGGUGGUCUGCAAGCAGCUGGGCUGUGGACAUGCUGUGGGAGCCCCCAAGUAUGUCCCACUGCCCGGGGAGAUAGUGCAGCCCUGGCUCCACAACGUGUCGUGCAGGGGCGAUGAGCCCUCCCUCUGGGAGUGCAGCCUUGGGGCCUGGACGCAGGCCCCGUGUCCCCAUGAGUGGGUGGUGGUCGCUCUGUGUUCCAAUGGCACUUUUCGGGAGAUCCGGCUGGUAAAGGGCCGCAGCCCCUGCUCUGGACUCCCCGAGAUCAGGAAUGUGAAUGGGGUGGACCGCCUCUGUGGCCUGCACGAGGAGGAGGCCACGGUGUUCUGCCGGGAGCUGGGGUGCGGUCCUGCGCUUCAGGCUCCCCGCCAGGAAGCAGGCGUCAGCGGGAAGUACAUGACGUGCCGGGGCACCGAGCCCACCAUCCGAAACUGCAGACUCAACAACCGCUUGCGCAAGGGCUGUGACUUCCAGCAUGAUGCCGAGGUGGUCUGCUCAGGGCACAUGGAAGCCCGGCUGGAGGGCGGUGAGCACCCCUGUGCUGGGCGGCUGGAAGUGAGGCGCGGCCUGACCUGGGGCACCGUCUGCGAUGCCGCCCUGGACCAGGCGACGGCCCACGUGGUGUGCCGGGAGCUGCAGUGUGGUUCGGCUGUGUCCACUCCCGGGGGCGCCCACUUCGGCCAGGGCUCUGGGCUUGUGUGGACGGAGGCCUUCCGGUGUGCAGGCAAUGAGUCUCUGCUGUUCCACUGCCCUCGGGGGCCUGGGCGCCAGUGUGGGCACCACCAGGACGCCGGGCUCAGGUGCUCAGAGUUUCGGCUGGUUAACGGCAGCAGCAGCUGUGAGGGGCGCGUGGAGCUCCAGGUGCAGGGGGCAUGGGCACCCCUCUGUGCUUCCCACUGGGACUUAGCAGAUGCGACUGUCCUCUGCCACCAGCUCAACUGUGGCAGCGCAGUGGCCACACCCCCAGGAGGCCACUUUGGGGUCGGGGAUGCUCCCAUCUGGCCUGAUAUGUUUCACUGUGUGGGGACAGAGCCCUAUUUAUGGAAUUGCCCAGUAAGCACCCUGGGGGCCCGGGCCUGUGCCCCCAGAAACGCAGCCGCCGCCAUCUGCUCAGGUCUCCCCCAUGCCCUGCGGCUGAGGGACGGACAGAGCCGCUGCGAUGGCCGCGUGGAGGUCUUCCUGGACGGGGUGUGGGGCCGUGUCCUGGACGACGCGUGGGACCUGCGCGGAGCCGGCGUGGUGUGCGGACAGCUGGGGUGCGGACGGGCCGAGCGGGCCUACGACGCUCCGCCGCCGGGGCGUUCCUUCGUCGGUCUUGUCUGGGUGCGAUCGGUCUUGAAUGGCAGAGUCCUGCCGGUUCCUGGGGAGCCUGUGACGGUCCGUGCAGGGCUGCCUGCCGGCUCUUCGGGCUCCCCUCCAGCGCGGGGGUCGGUGGCCCUGAGGCUGCGAGGUGGCACCCAGCACUGUGCUGGAUGGUUGGACGUGUUCUACAAUGGGACAUGGGGUGCUGUGUGCAGUAACGCCCUGAAGGACGUCUCCUUGUCCAUCGUCUGCAAGCAGCUGGGCUGUGGGGAGCAGGGCUGGCUGGAGAACAGGCCCUUCCACAGCGGCUCGGGCACCUCCUGGGUGGACAACAUCGAGUGUCGCAGGCUGAGGAACUCCACGCUGUGGCAGUGCCCCUCGGCACCGUGGCACCCACGCUCCUGCACCCAAGGAGAGGAGGCCUGGAUCACCUGCGCAGGAUUGCCCGAGAAAAUGAUGCAGGAUUCUGGGGAGACCCUUAACUGCUCGUCCGCCCACAGCUGCCCAGGGGAAGGAACGCUGCGUGUGCGAGGAGGCACGGACAGCUGCUCCGGCCGCGUGGAGCUCUGGCACGCUGGCGCCUGGGGCACCGUGUGUGACGACUCCUGGGACCUGGCAGACGCAGAGGUCGUGUGCCGCCAGCUGGGAUGCGGCCCAGCGGUGGGCGCCCUUGCCGGGGCUGCCUUCGGCCCGGGCUCGGGGCCUGUGUGGCUGGACGAGGUGGGGUGCCGGGGCAGCGAGGCGUCUCUGUGGAGCUGCCCCGCAGAGCCGUGGGGGCUCGGAGACUGUGGGCACAAGGAGGAUGCGGGCGUGCGCUGUUCCCGUGACAGAGGGACCGCGGCCCCGCGGCCAGCAUCGGCACGGGUGUCAGGCUCCCCCCCGACCCCUCCAACUGCUCUCAAGGCUGGGAACCUGCCCAUGACCUUUUGCCUUGUCCUGGGCACCCUCUUGGUCAUCGUCUCCCUGGUCCUGGGGGUGCAGUGGUUCCGAGGCAGAAGAGUCUGCCAGGGUUCCAGAAUGUUGGGGAGUCUGCCCUCAGAAGGUGUUUAUGAGGACAUCGGAGUGGUUCCCGUGGGGGAGAAAGAAGAGGGGGCCAGAGUGUCCCAGAACCUGGCCCUGGAGGAAGAGUAUGAUGAUGCCGAGGAGCCAGAACAGGGCCCUGAGGAGGAGCAAACGGAAGAUGAGGAGGAGGCCCCCCUGAGUCCCGCUGGUGUGCACCUCUGUGCCUUGGUGCCUGCGCUGCUGUUCCUGCUGCGCUCCUAUGCCCAGCGCUCUGCUCUGGCCAGUGCCUACAUUUAAAGACCCUGAGAGCCACCUCUCCAUGUGUCCGUGACCCUCACUCCUGCAUCUCAGGCUUGGACUUCAGGGGAUUCAGCUGUUCCUUCAAAGCUGCUCUUUAGAUGAGAAUUUUCUUGUGGGUGGAUGCAGAAUUCAAGGAAGCUAAGUUGGCCUCACACCUGACCUCCAGCCUUCUGUGUCCUCAUGGAGCAUGUGAAGUCUCUAUGAAUCCUGAGGAUGGACAAGCACGUGUCACAGAGGAGGAACAAUGAGUGCAAAUGACAACAACGAUGAAAUAAAAUUUCAUUUUCAGACUGGAAAUUUUCGUGAAGAGAAGGGGAGGUCAAUACACUUGUACGUUGUUGGCAUUUUGUGAACAAAUAAACAAAAUUUGUCACUUUU